UUUAAUAAUACAUUGUUGACGUCAUGAACCUGAAUUAUAACAUGACUUUACACAGUAAUGGGAGUAACAACAUUAGUGGAACAGUACACAACAGAGAUAUUGAUUAUCAGGUUCUCAAAUGGAUAUCUCUGAUUAUUCUCGUGGGAAUAAUAGGCUUGAACAUAUUUGUUUUGGCGUUACUACUUUCAAGAAAUAACAAAUCUAGAAUGAAGUUCUUUGUUGCCAACUUAGCAUUUGCAGAUUUGUGUGUAGGUACAUUUUUUGUACUACCAGAAACUCUGUUUAAUUGGUUUGAAGUGCAAUGGAAUGCAUACGCGUGUUAUAUUCUUUACGUGUAUUUCUCAAUGGUUCCGUUUUAUGUGUCAACAUAUGCAAUUGUUGUGUUAUCUAUUGACCGUGCAUACGUUAUUGCGAAACCAUUGGCUGCUGCUUCUAAGGGAAACACGUACCGAUAUGGACUUGCAUUGUCAGCAUGGUGUUUAGGCUGUCUUCUGGCAAUUCCUUAUGGUGUCUUUGGUGUGUACACUACAGAUAAUAAUAAAUGUGAACAAAUAUUUCCAAACAAACUGGUAAGUUGA